AUGACCUCCCCCCGUCUGCACCAACGUCUUCUCUCGGUGCGUUGCGUGCACUCUGUAAUGAGCAACCAGAGUGCCCUCGCCGCCCACACGACGCAACGCCGGUUCGCCUCCUCCUCGCCCACGCCCCCUCGACAGCCGAUACGAACGCCGACAGCGAGACGGACGACAACACAAAUUGCACCAACGGCGGCAGUGGCAGCAGCGCGUUCCCGCGUCAACGCCGAGAAGGAGGCUCCUGCGUCUUCAGGGCCCAUAGAGACGGCCGAGGAGUACAAAGCGCGGUACAAGAGCGCGGCGCGGCGGUGGACGUCAACGAUGAUUGCGCUGCCGAUAUUGCUGGUUACGAGUUACUACCUGUUUGACCGACUGGCUCUGGGACACGCACAAAAGGUUUUGAAUCGGGAACCGACAAAACGAGACGACUGA